UUCUUGAUCCUUCAGUUUGUGGUAUCUGUCCCAGGGCCACAGUGACGUCCAUGUUACUAGAAAGGAACGACAUUACCAGCAUCAGAAAUCCUAGAAUACUGCAGAAAUCUCAGAAUAUAGUGAAAAGGAACUAGGUACAGUAAAGAAAAUAAGAUAAAUUCAGUUUACAGAACUACCUCAAAGGUGCCCGCAUAACACAAGAGGUGGACAUUCAAGCACAAAAAUAAGGUGAACAGAUUCAACGAUACAUAAACAUUCGUUUUUUUUUUUUUUUUUUUUUUAAGAGAAACAGGAAGCAGGACAAACUUCCUGAUGAAAAUAUGAAACAACAGAAAGCAGCAACAAUAACGACGACGACGACAUCACCACCAACACGACCGCUACCACCACUUCCAAAAACAACAACAACAACAACACUACCACUUUGCCAAUCGCCACAAAACAAGUACAGACAAACAGAAGCAAAGAUCACCAAAUAUAGGGCGCCGUUGCAGGGGCUGACGCUCGACCACUGCUACUUGGCUGCCGCUCCUGCUGCUCUCAAUCAAGGAAAGGAGCUGCUUAUUGGCUUGCCAUCAGCAAUGAAGUACUAUGAAGAGGUCCAGGAGCAAGAUGACAAGCGUCCAUGUGCUGGUCUGAGAGCAGACCUCAAGGCUUGUCUCCUAGCAACAGAUUGUGUGAGACUGCACCGUAAGACUCCACGAGAAUGCCUGCUCACCAAUGACCCAUCCAUCCCUCAGGAAUGCUAUGCUCUUCGCACAACAUUCUUCGAAUGCAAGCGAUCUCUGCUGGAUACAAGGCAGAGGUUUCGUGGACGAAAAGGCUACUGAUUAGAUUGAUCUCCAGUAAACUGCAUCCAGUAUACUGUGAGCUUUUUGAAAAUGCUUAUUGUUUAUAUAAUCUAGAUUUUUAUGUAUAAUUAUUGUAAAGAGUUAGUGUUUAAGCAAAGUGUAGUGUGAA